AUGCUGGGGAUGGACGCGAACAGGGCGAACGGUGGGCGGACGGUGGUGAACGGGAGCUCCGAAGAUCCGAAGAAUGGAAACGCCGAGAGCGACAAGGAGAACAUGAGGAUUCCAGAUUCGCUGUCCUACAGGGGAUUGACGCGUGAGGAGCACCGAGAAAUGCUAGAACAUGCGGACAUGGAGUGCACCCGACACUCCAGACUUGCCAUUCAUGAGGUGCUCGUUGCCGUGGACCUGAACGAAGUGGAGCAGGAGCUUCCCGAUCAUCAGCAAUCAUUGGUGCUCCGGGACGCCCGCAACACCGCAGCGAGCGGCAGCUAUGGUGACGUCACCUCGCCGAUGAGCCCUUCAUGGAACCUGGUGACGAUGCCAUUGGCCACCAACACCAAGGCGACGGUGCGGAUGAAACGGGAGGAUCCGUCCAAGACGGAACAGCUGGUGAAGUGCGUGUCCUUGCCCUCGCUGAAAGCGAGCAACAUGACGCAGAUGAACUUCACCAUGAGACCGUCUCGACGUUCUCAUGACUUUUGA